AUGCAUCAAUUCCCUUCACCAUUCCCUCCUCUCAACACCACCACUCCCUCCCAGAGACACCCAGCCAGCGAUACCUCCAGUCCCCCGAGUUCACGCACAACCUCGCCGCCAGCCUCGCCCACCUCCACACUCCGCCGACGUCACCAGCCAACGCAAGUGUCUCCGCACCACCUCUUCAACCUCUCCUUCCACCCCACCACCCACCCCAAGACCGACUGCGACACAGGGUCUAGACCAGACGAGAACCAGGACCACCACAGUCACAGCCACAGCCAUGGCCAUAACCACCAAAUCCACCCAUCCAAUGCCUCAACCCAAUGCGUAAGCAUCCUGCCCUGCGCGGUGCUUCGAGGCCGAUCGUCUCUUAUGAUCGUGCGACGCCGGCCCUCGGCCGUGGACAUGGCACUGAGCGAGGAGCGGUGUCGCUGUGAUGAGAAUGCAAUUGAGAGACAGGGUCUGGAUCUGAUGGAGCCGCGGCCAGUGGAUAUGAAUGUCACCAUGAACAUGAACAUGAACACGAAUACGAGCCUGAGUCUGAAUCAUAUGGGCGUGGCUCGUCGUGGUUCGGUUUCGCGGGCGAGUGUCGGCUCUGAUACUCGGUCGGUUCUGGUGCAGCAGCCGAGAUAUGUGAUGGGUGGGAUCUUUGAGGUGAUGGAAGGGCAGGCAUAG